AUGCCGAAGUAUAGUCCCCGCGCAAAAUUGUUGUCCGAGGAUAGUUGUGAUGACGAGAUAGUGAGCGCUGAUGAAGUGACGUCUUCCAGCGCCGAACUCCAUGUUACAAACCCGUUGAGGAACUUGCUUCAGCCUUUGAUUUCAAGUUCGAAAGGGCUCCAAGGGUUCACAUCUCGCCAAGCCGCUAAUAAUAGCCGAGGUUCAUCCGUCGUCAGGACUCGAACGUCAGCACCGACCUCAUCAUCGUCGCAUCAACGUCCGCCUUCCGGCCCAUCGUCCGUCUUCUCGACCUCCCCUAUGCAACGCAAGCGCGCCCGAUCCGAAUCCGACGCCGACUCUCUGCGCCCCCCCAAGAAGCAGAAGCCGGCGGCCUCCCCGCUCCCGCCCCAGCCCCUCACGCGCGAGAACCUCCGGCGCUGGGAGCAGCUCUCGAAUACCAGCUCUGAACCCGCUACCUCUCCCAUGCCCCCGUCGUCCGCAUCCAGCACCGGCCCCUACGACGAAGACGACCGCCUUCAUGCAUACGGUAUACGCGUCAACUCUACAGCCGCCUUUCCACAACUCCUCCGCGAACACAUUGACACCGUCAUAAAGAAGCAGCGGGAGAGCACCCGUUCUCCGGCUGCGAAGAAUGCUGCGCGCGCGCAGGCACGAGCGGAGAAUGCGAACGAGUCUACGGGAAUCGGCAUAAUGGUGAACAACCUCCUGUUCUGCGGCGAAGCGGACGGCGGCGAGAAAUACAUCGAGCGCGUAUCAGAGGCCCUUCUGAACCGCAAGUAUCUUCCUCCGGCACCCGAGCCGUUCAUCGCGAAUCAGUACGGCGCCCUCACGCAACCGAAACCAGAUACCGCCAUGGGGUAUAUAACUACAAGGGACGCGCAGGCUGGGGGCGUGGAGUCGCCAUUGAGCGCUGGGGAAGAGGUGGUGGUGCUCAAGGAUCCGCUUCUUACCGGGCUCCACUUCCCCUUCCUGACGUGCCAGUGGAAGAGCGCGAAAGGGAGCCAGGGCCAUUGGCACGCGCAGCGGCAGAGUGCGCGCGAUGGCACGGCGAUCGUCAAUUACCUGCACACCUUCUACACCGAUGCCGGGGUUACUCCGUCGGUCGUGGACACGUGUCAUUGGUCGUUGACAUGCGACAUGCAUUCCGCCGUCCUGUGCGUGCACUGGCGCACCGAAGCUGACGGGAGCGCCGUGUACCACAUGCGAAGAGUGCAGCAGGAGUUCCUGAGCGCCAUCGAAGACGAGGAGAAUACCGGUAUAGCCUGUCUGCGGCAUCGGCUGCGCAGCGUGCUCGACUACGCUCUUGGCCCGCGCCUCACCAGGAUCCGCGACGCUAUCCCCCGGCUCAAGGAGGCAAAGACGCGGAAGCGUACGACCCGAACACCGUCUACGCGCUCGAAACCGUCUCAGCCACUGGGAGACCCCGAAUGCCCACCGCCAUCGGACCCAGGAUAUGGUGGUAGUCUGCCUCCUCCAUCGCCGACAUGUUCCCCGGAGCCGAAACGUGCCAGACCUUGA